AUGGUAGCCGGCUAUCGACGCAGAUACAUCGACCCGUUCGACUCGCGCCGCUCCAAAGCGAGUCCCGACGCGGUCAUCGGCGAGGCCUUACAGCGAUACAUGGUCUCCACAGACUCCGUCCCGAGGAGCGCCGCGAGGCACAGGAAAAAGUCAGUAGUUGGCGGCACCGGAUCUCGGUCGUCGUCCUCCUCCUCCGUCGCGUCCGUGACCAAGGCGAAGAGCACGUCCAAGGCUUCUCGUGAGGACGUGGCCGCGAUCGGAGGGAGCGUGGGGAGCGUCCACGCGGUGCUCGCCAAGCGGAACGCCAAGAGGCUCAGCUACAGCACUCCGACCUCCUCGUCUCGAGCGCCCCGGGACUCGCGGACCGAACCCGAGUCCCCGCCGGGCGCGUCCAGCGCGGAGGAGGACGUCGCGGCAGUGGAUCGACCGCCGAAAGGUCCAGCCACGCCCCCGGCCGACGCAUCGGAGACGAACAUCUCCCUCGAGACCGACGUCCUCGACGUCACCGAGCACCCGCUCUCGGAGCAGUCGCUCACCGGAUCACCCGCGACGGAGGAAGAGAUCGACCGAGAACUCAUCCACGACUUGAACCUCGCGCCCAAAUCCCCGCCGAACAUCCGACACAGGCGCACGCGGUCCAGCGAGAACGCGAUGGCCACCCCCGUGGGCUUCGGGGAGAGCGACGGCGAAUUCGGCGGCGUUGGAUCCACGCCCGCGUCGCCCUUUGGCGAGCGAGAUAACAAUGACAAAUCGUGCUCGCCGGUCACGCAGUUCCGCCGCUCGCUGCUGGCGCUCAAGGGCCUCGGUCUCCAGGGCGCGGACGGCGUCGGGGGGACGAACAUGGGCGUGGGUAUGGGCGCGCACACGCCGAUAUCCCCCGUGGUCCGGGACAUCAUCGAGUCCACGGAGGAGCAGGAGGCCGCGCAGAUGCGAAUCUUACUCGAGGAGAGGAGCCGAGCGAGGGAGAUGGUGCAGCGGCUCGAGCGCGAUAAGCAGAUGCAGGCCGAGCAGCUGCGCAUGAUGGAGGAACGCAUGGAGCAGAGCGAAAUGACGGAGGAGGAGCUCCGCGAGACCGAAGCCGCGCUACGACGCGCGCGCCGCGAGGUGGAGACCUUAGCCGCCAGCAAAGAGGCGCUGGAGAAGGAGCUCGACUCGCAGCUCUCGCGCGAGGAGGAGUGGAGCCGCCGACUGAGGGACGCCGAGUUGGCGGGCAUGUCGUCCACGGAGAAGGCGAUCAAGGAGAGGGACGAGUACGCGGCGAAGGUGGAGGCCCUGGAGCGGGAGCUGGAGGCGACGCGCGCCAGGGAGGUCAACCAGCUCAUCGAGGAGGCCAAAGCCGCGCCGCCGGAUCGACGACCCUCGCGGGGAACCCGAUCGAAGGCGGCGCACACGCACACGUCGAAGGCCACCGGCGCACGCGCCGUCGAUGCCAACCUCGGGGGCUCGUUCGCCGCCCCGGAGCUCGCGCCGUUCGUCGCCGCCGAGGUAUUCGAAGCCGAGGAGCGGGAGGUGGAGACGGCGGCUACGCCCCCGUCGAGGAAGCCGCGAGCGCCGACGUCGAUGUCCCGCGGGUCGCUCGUCGCGAUCGUCGUCGCGAUCGUCGCCGUCGCCGCCGCGGUCCUCCUCUCGCCCUUCGCGACGUCGAUCUCGUCCGUCGCCGUCGGCAUCGACGCGUCCUGGUGGAGAACGCGCGCGGGCGCAGUGUUGACGACGAACGCUCUGGAAAACGCUCCGGAGGUUUCGCCCGGAUUCGCCGCGGCUCCGGCUCCGGCUGGGGCACCCGCGGCACCCGUGGAGGCGACCGCGCGGAAGUGGCGGCCGAGUGGCGAGAGCGAGCGAGGGAGGGAGGACGAGGCCAAUAAGGGGUUCGACGACGACGCCGUUCUGGAGGGUUCUGGAGAGGUUCUGGAGAGGGACGCGGUUCUGGCCGCGGCGCGGGCGGCAAAGGCUCGGGACAUCGCCGAGGCCAGGGCCAAGCAGGAACAGAAGAGGAGGGAGAUGGAGGAGCUCAAACGAAAACUCGCCGAGGCUGAGAAGAUGAAGCAGGAGCUGGAGGCUGCGACCGCGGCGAAGGCCAAGCUGGACGCGGAGGUCAAAGCGGCGGCGGAGGCCAAGGCCAAGGCGGCUGACGAGGCAAACGCAAAGGUAAAGGCGGAGAUUGCGGCGGCCAAAGCUGCCAACGCGAAGGCAAAGGCGGAGCGCGAGGCUAAAGCGAAGGCUGAUGCCGAGGCUGAAGCUAAAGCUGCAGCCGAAGCUAAGGCGAAGUCUGAUGAAGAAGCUAAGGCCAAGGCUGAUGCGGAGGCCAGCUUGGCUAAACUUUACGCCGAGAUGAAAGCAAAGGCUGAAGCCAAGGCGAAAGCAAAGGCUGAGGCUGAGGAAGCCGCAAGGACCAAAGCUGCAGCCAAGGCGAAAGCCGAAGCUGAGGCCAAGGCGAACGCUGAAGCCGAGGCGAAAGCUAGGGCUGAAGCUAAGGCGAAAGCCGAAGCUGAGGCCAAGGCGAAAGCUAAGGCUGAAGCUGAGGCUGAGGCGAAAGCUAAGGCUGAAGCCGAGGCCAAGGCGAAAGCUAAGGCUGAAGCCGAGGCUGAAGCUAAGGCGAAAGCCGAGGCUGAGGCCAAGGCGAAAGCUAAGGCCGAAGCUGAGGCUGAGGCCAAGGCGAAAGCUAAGGCUGAAGCUGAGGCGAAGGCUGAAGCUAAGGCGAAAGCCGAAGCUGAGGCCAAGGCAAAAGCCGAAGCUGAGGCCAAGGCGAAAGCCGAAGCUGAGGCCAAGGCGAAAGCCGAGGCCAAGGCUGAAGCUAAGGCUAAAGCCGAGGCUGAGGCCAAGGCAAACGCUGAAGCUAAGGUGAAAGCCGAGGCUGCCGAGGCUGAAGCCGCCCAAAAAUAUCGCGACGCCCAGGAGGCUGCUGGGGAGGAACCCGCCGCCAGGGCCGAGAUCGACGCCGACGAGGCCGCCAUCACCAAAGCCGAGUCCGACGCCAAGGCUAAGGCGGACGCGGAGGCUUCAGCCGCCGAGAAAGUUCGAGCCGAGGCGCAAGCCGCAGCCGAGGCAAAGGCCGAGGCUGAGCGCCUCAAGGCUGAGGCCGAGGCAAAGGCUGAGGCUGAGCGCCUUAAGGCUGAGCGCCUCAGGGCCGAGGCCGAGGAGAAACGCGCCAGGAAGCUCAGGGAGGACGCGUCAAAGCGGCAGGAGGAGGCUGACGAACGCGAGCGAAGGAACGGCGCCGACGCGGACGAAGCUGAGGAGCGCUCGUGGGAGGCGGUGAUCAAAUCCGGUUGGGACGCGUGGCGCAAGAUGGGCGGCAGCGACCGACGCGCGCGCCUCAAGAGCGCGGCGCGAAGGGCGGAGGGCGCGGUGACGUCCUCGAGGCAGGGUCGCCAGUCCUGGGUCGCCGCGGAGAAGCGGCACGGGGAGACGGUCGUCGCCCUCGAAGGGGUGGACGGCGGCGACGCCGCGGAGAAGCAGCGGCUGAGGUUGGAGGCGCACGAGGUCGAGGCGGAGGCGAGCGGGAGCAAGCGCAAGUGGGACAGCCUCAGGCAGAAGGCGGCGGGGGCGGUGACCGCGCUGGAAGCCGAGCUUCGCGCGAUAGGACACAUGUGA